AUGUUUCUGUUCCCCACACCAAGGAGGUUUCCCUGUGGUUGCUUUGCAGGGUCAGUGUUCCCACGGGUCCCUCGGGCCCCGCCCACUGCAGAGCCCCCUGUGCUGGAGAGCCCCCAGAAGUUCUUCCUGCGCAUAAAGGAGAAACUGCAGCAGCAGCAGCAGCACAAAGAUCCAACACCUUCAAACCCCAUCCAGCAGAACAUUCCUCCCCCCACAGCCACGGAGAAGCCUUUAGUCAGAGCUGCCUGUGCCGAGCAGCCCAGGGCUGAGCCUCCCGAGGAGGGGGACGCCAAUAAGGAGGAGGAUGUGGACGUUUUCCUGGUGGAACCAAUAGAUGCUGAUGGUGAAAUGUCUCAGAGCACAGGGACUAGUUUUCUGAAUGUGAAUUCCACCCCUUCGAAAAACGAGGAUCAGGUAACAGAAAACUGGGGAAAUGGAGGAGCAAAACAUACAGAGCUUCAUCAAGGCAGAAGAGAGUUGCAGCCCAGUAAAAAACAAGCUGCUCUGGGAGUGGAAAAGACCGUGGAGAGUAAUUCCCCAAAGCCCUCCCAGUGCUUCUGCAGCAUUAUGCUGUCUAGUCCCACAGUCCACAUUCCAAAGAAGCAGAAGCUGACAGAAAGGCCUGAGGACCCUUUGGACAAACGUCAUACCGACCAACCUGCUGGCAAAGCAGACAAAGAGAAAAGCAUCUGCCUGAGCAGCUGGAGGAUUAAAGUGAUGGAAGGCAACACGGCGAUUUCUCUGGAGGGCAAACGGCAGGACAUGAAGGGCCUGCUGUGGCACAGCAAUGCCAUCACCGAGCGCGUGGCCCACAACCAGCUGAGGACGUCCUCGGGCAGCCUCUACCUCCUGCAGGGCAAGAUCGACUCUGCCACCAUGAGGAGAGAAGGGUUUCCCUACCGCUUCAUCAAACGAUUCACCUAUGGCUUUUCCAGGAGGUGGAAGGAGUAUGUCCAGGAGUUCCUCGAGGAAAGGAGGAGGAAAGGCCAAAAACAGAACAGUGGUGUGGAUGAAGAUGAAGAGAGUGACACUGUGGUGGAAAGUGAUGUGUUGGAAACUGGAGAAGGCUCAAAGAAGAAACCUGGAAUGAAGAACACCACCUAUGAAGUAUUGCCAAGGAAUGAUGAAAACACCUACACCACCCCAAGGCACAGCUCCCCGGGGAAGGACUCGAGCAGGGUUUACACUCGCAGCGGGAGACAGGUCAGACCCCCCAUGAACUUCUGGUGUGGGCAACGGGCCUUUGUGGAUCAGAACCUUAAUGUCACCCUGGAAGAGGGUGGAGUGGAUUAUCUCAGCCUGAUGCUUAGUAGUGAAAAAUCCCACAAAAAGACCAGUUUCAUCUCUAAGAAGAACAAACCAAAGGAAGUCAUGAAGACAACAGAGGAAAUGCCAAAAAGCCAAAAUAAAGGGAAAAGCAGGGAGAGAGGAGCCAGCUCCAAACGGGAAUCCGAGCCUGCUGGAAGCAGGGAGAGAGGAGCCAGUUCCAAAGGGGAAUCCAAGCCUGCUGGAAGCAGGGAGAGAGGAGCCAGCUCCAAAGGGGAAUCUGAGCCUGCUGGAAGCAGGGAGAAGGGAGCCAGCUCCAAAUGGGAAUCCAAGCCUGCUGGAAGCAGGGAGAGAGGAGCCAGCUCCAAAUGGGAAUCCAAGCCUGCUGGAAGCAGGGAGAGAGGAGCCAGCUCCAAAGGGGAAUCCAAGCCUGCUGGAAGCAGGGAGGCCCGGCGGUUCCUGUUGGAGGAGGAGGAGAGUGACCCUGCAACCAGGGGCACAAAAACCAAAUCCCAGCCUCCUGCCAGGGUGCCUUCCUCAAACAGCAAAGUGCCAAACAGACACAGCCCCAGAAUCCUGGGAAUGGCAAAGGAGAAGCGAGGAGCAGACGCUGCAGAGCUGCCCGGGUACGAGCAGGCUUCCAAGUACUCCCUGAGGUCAGCCAGGAAGCCUUUCCCAGCCAAGCACUUCACCAAGGAAUCCUCAGGCAAGGAUGAGGGAGGGGGAUCCAGUGAUGAUGAUACCCCACUGCUGAUCAGAAGGAAAAAUAAAUCUGUGUUAAAACCGGGGCCUCAAAGCCGCAGAUCCCGCUCUGACUCUGACAGAUCCCAGGAUGGUGCAGACAAGGCGUGGGGUGAGCCAAGGACAGGAAGAGCCUCCCGGAAUGUGCCAGUGAGGCUGAGUGAGACCAGUGAGGAGUCUGAGCUCGCCACCGAAGGAAACAGUCCUGCCAGUGGGUCCAGCGACUCCCUCCUGCCUGGGGAGGCCGUGAGGACACGGAGCAGAACCAACCCCCCCAGGCACUGGCUGGAUUUCGACAGCGAGCCCGAAACCAGCAAGGAGGAACUUCCCACAAAGGACAGGAAUGCAAAAGUACCUGGUAAAAAACCAGGGGCUGGAGCUCCCAGCACUGCCAAGUCUGCAGCAGCCAGAUCGAGAGAGCCUGAGAGGGCAAAGCAGCAGAAACCUCUGGAGCUUUUUGCCAGGGCAGCUGAUGGCUGGUCUGAGAAGGAAUUACAGAAGCUUUACAGGUUUGGUAAAGGGGAGAGGAACUGCAGGAAUGUGCAUGUUCUAAGUGUCUGGAGGAGACACCAGAGGAAAAAAUUCUUUCCAGAGAGGCCAAAUCCUUUGCUGUGUGAACAACAAUCUCCUCUUGUGUGUUCUGAACUUCCAUCUGCUGACUUUGUCCUCCUCUCCUCAUGGACCCUGUCCUGGAUCCUGUCCUGUCCCUGCUCCCAGUUUCAGCUGCCGCCGCUCCGGAACGACGACCCCGAGGACUUUUCCCUGGGGGAGCUCUCGCUCAGCCCCAGCUCAGCUGUGUUCCCGCUGGCCAAAACCCCCCAGUGCGAGCACAUCAGCCCGGGAAUGCUGGCCCCCGUCAACAGGAAGGAGCUGGACAGACACGUGUUCCGGAUGCAGAAGCGCACACAGGGCAGCAGGGGCACCUGGGACAAGGUCCAGAAGAAGUCGGCUGGAGCCGUGCUGGGGACACCUUCCUGCAGGGCCAGGGUCAGCUUGGAGACCAACGUGGCAAAGGACUCAGUGGUGGGGAAGCUCUUCAGGGCUCAG